AUGACUGAAGAAGAUGUGUAUGAAAUUGAUUCAGUGCCUAGAUUUGCAAACUUCGGAGAUAAUGGUCAGCUGGCAAAUGAUACUAUGGGAGACAAGUUUUUUGAAAGUACUGCAUCACCGGGGGGUAGAGGAGGUAACGAUCAGGUAGGAUCAGAUGGUUCAAAUUCAAAUAGGGCUUCUUCAAAACCGAUGACGGAAAUUAAUAAUACUGAUAUGCCAAAGAAAGUGAUGGCUGACCCUGAGGAUGAUGAUCCUUUGGGGAUUCGAAAACUUGCCAUGUUUCGUCCACCAAGAAGAAGUCGUGACUUAAUUCGGAUGGCUCAACAAAAGGCAAAGGAAAACAUGGAGGCAAAAACAGAUAUACAGAAGAACGCUGAUAAGCACGAGAGUGGUUGCCUAGUAAGGAAGCUAGUCGUUGGCAACAAAUUUAUUCGUCCUCGCUCGGCUAGUGUUGACGCUGCGCAGGUUAGAGGGAGGAUCGGAGCUACACCAGGGUCCUAUGCUAAUGCAGAGUUCAAAACGGGAAUUCCAGUAGUACGUCGAGGCAGUAUCGAUGUUUCUCGUGCGCCAGUUAAGUCAAGGAGUGAAGAAAAAAAUGGCCAACUUUGUAUUCCUCGAACAAGUCGCACAGUACCAACUCGUACGCAUCAUAGGUCUGCCAGUGUAGACUCUGCUGCUAGCCGUAUAAAGAUGACACCAGUUGAUGUUAAUAACCGAGGGUUAGUAGCUUCAAAAGCAAGACUAGCUACAGGACCGAAAGGCUCAAUUACACGGCGAGCAGGUCCUGUUUCAGCGGUUCCACCAGUUGUUUCAGUUCCCUCUAACUCGAAAGGAAAAACUUCGCAGUCCUCAAAGCAUACAGAGUGUGCGGUUGACAAGUCAAUCAGGAGAUCCAUUUUGCAAGUCCCAAGUCGUAGUAGACCGUUAACAAGAGCUUUUGCCGCUAGAGUUGAGGCUUUAAGGCUCAAACGGGAGGACUUAGUUCCUGGUGAUAAUCCUUCUUCCUCAAAGCCUGAAACAUCCAGGGAAGCUUACAAGCUUACUGGACGUAUUGCGAGUGUUUGCAGUGAAGCGCAGUUCAGAAACGCAGUUAGAAGAAGACCAGCUGGUGGAGAUUCCCUCGAAAGACCUAUUAAGUCAGACAAAGAGCCGGAGAUGGCGACAGAAAAAGCAGUAGCACCUUUAAGUAAUAAAAAUGCUCGCAGGAGCACAGUCACGCAGCACUACGUUCACCGUCCUUCACAGGCUACUAUACCAAGUAAAAUGGCUACUUCAACAAGGCAGCAUCCGUCUCCCCACACCACCGGUGCACGCCCAAGACUCAUGCCCGCUGAACGUGAGGCGUUUUUCAGAAGACUGAGUACACCAAAAUGUAUUAAUAAUCUCAAAAAGCCGGAAGGUGAGACACCCAAGAAGACGUCAAAAGUAUCAACAACGGGGCAAAAUCGUGAUGUUCCGCUUGGUGGGCUAAAAGCAAGGGUCCUUCGGCCUCGUACAACGGUGAUUAAGGGUGCUGUAAAGGUCAAGGACUAA